GCCUUAAAAAAUGGUGGCUGUAAACCUCCUUUGAAGUAAUACAGCUUCUUAUGGAAUUACGAUUGGUAGUAAUAUGUUACCUUGUGAUUUAAAGAAAAAAAAUAGCUGAGUGAUAGUGUAUAUGUUAAUUAUUAUCUGAGUUUCAACAUUUGCGGAUUUUAAAUUAAACUUGGUUUUAGGUGAGAGUUUGGAGAGUUCCCUGUACCCUUCAACAUUUAUGCUUCAGGUUGUUGAAGAAAUUUAUGGAGUUCAUUUUAGUUGUUGACAUUUUUGUUUUUCUUUCUAAUACUUAUAAAGUAAGGGAUUUAUAAUUACUAUAUAAUUUAAAGUAUUUUAGAAUGUGUUUUUUGGAAGUGGGUAUGCUGAGAAAUGCCUGUCAAAAUAAACAUUUUCAAUAAUGCGAGCAGUAUGAAACCAGAGCGUUCACUGCAGCAAGUUUGAGCAAGCCAGACACGUCUUUGAAAGCAGGCUGCUGUUCAGUUAGCCAUUUAACAAAGCAGGAAAUGUAGACCAUGUUAGCAAUGCAUUUAAUUUAAACUGAUGUAUUUUUCUUCUACUGUGGAAAGUCUAAACAACCUUAUUUUGCUAUAUACCAGUUAAAAGUUAGCUAAUCGACAGUGGUGAUUUAGAAUAGUGAUUAGGGUCCUAUAUGUAAAGUUUCAGGACCAGUAAAAGGUGUUGCUUGUAGUCUUAAUUUAUGCCUGGAACUUAAAUGAAACUCCAUGAAUAUAUUUAUUAUAGGUAAUACAUACAGAUUACCACAUUUAUCUUGGUAUGAACAGGCAUAGGGACUCAGUUUCAUCAUCAUGCAAUGGAGAGUUAAGUUGUGCUUUUUCUUAAUUGGGUAUUGCACAGCCAGGCUUGGUUACUUGCAUCUGGAUGGGGCAGCCUAAGAGAGGCCAGGGCCUAGACUCAAAAGCCACUUGCAAGGGGGUAGGAUAGAGGAUGGGGUAAGUAAACACUGAAGAUGUGGGUAUUGGGAAAGGUUUAUGUGGACAGGCCCAAAAUGGUACCUGUGGUACCAGAGGUGAGAGGCAUCAGAUAUAGUAGAUAAGGCAAGCAUGGGAUGUUCCAAAUCACAGCAAGCAGAAUGUUUAACAGGAGUGCCCAGAAUUCUAGGUAAACUACGUCAAAGAAGACUGUCAACAGGUAGGGCCUAGGACUUCAGUCCAGGGGGUGGCCAAAAGGCUUCAUCUCGUGUGAGUACACAGGUCACUGUGAAUGGAUUUGACAGCUCUGUGCUGGUGUUCAGAGGCUGCCUUUGGACUUAGUGGAAAAGAAUGGGCAUAGGGAUGUGGCAUGUGGCACUUAAGUUGAGGUUUAUGUUAGAGACUAGGGAGAGCUGGACUCUGCUUUCAGUGAAGGGCUAGUGGGGGUAGUCCUGAUCUUUUCAGUGGCCACCCCUCUAGAGAGAAGAGACACAUAGAAGCCAACGCCAGACAGGGUUUGACAGAUACCCACAAAUGAAUUUAUCACAUGGAAUUUUGGAAAAUUUCUACUACACAAGGUAUAGUAGAAUCAGUGGUAGAGUUUGAUUAGCCUGACUCGUGUCAACUGGUUAAAUGUCUUUGUUAGUUGCAUCCUAAUUCCACCAAAGUAAAAAUGGGUAUCCGCACUAUUUUCAUAAUGCCACCCAGAAAGCUGUUUGAUAUGUCAAAGGACCCUGUGUUUCUCUACUGAGCAAUUGGUGCGCCUGUUUCAAAGGAGGAUUAGUUCCAUCAGCUCUGCUAAAGAAUGACAAAGCCUUGAACAUUUGCUGGAUCAUCCCAGUAUUUAUGUGGCCUCUUUAGAAAAUUAAAUCCAAGUAGGUUUUAAACUCUAGUUUGAGCCGUUUUCCCAGGAACUUUGUGUGAUUUAUAUAGGACCUUUAGAAUUAAAUGGCUGUUGUAGUAUCUUCUCAUGUGUGCAUACAUUGUACUGCCCACUCCAGGAACAAAACAUCCCCAUCCAGAACAUCUUUGUAUUCAGGAAUGGCUCCAGUGCAAAUGACUAGUAUGGCAACCUGGGUUGAAGAAAUGAUUCUUAGGCCUGGUUUAAAAAAAUGCAAUAAUUUCUUAGAGGCCUUCAGCAUUGCCACAGCAUGUGCUAGUACCAGAUAGAACUUUGAAAGCAUAGCACCUUACAUCUCCAGUGAAUGGCCAUUUACAGUAACAUUGUUGUGAACACAAAUGAGUACCUGAAUGAUAUUUAAGGGAGACAAAAGCAAGACUCUGUUAUAGGGCAGAUAGACAGCAUUUCUAAUUAUUACCAGAUAGAACUUGAAAUGACAAAGCUUAUGAUGUUUGAGGCAAAGUUUCAGUUCAAAUGAGACCCAUUAGCACAUAGUAUCUAAUUAAAUGGUAGGUGGGAGUGCACAUACUCUAAGUACAAAAAGAACUUCAGAGAUGCAGCUGGUGACUAUCUAGGGUAAUGGAGUAGACAGAAAAGGCUCAUAGAAGAAAUAGGGCUUGAAAUGUGUCUUGAAGAAUAGGUACAAUUUGAAUAGGCAAAGGAGAAAUAGCAUUUUGAUGCAUGGAGUUUAAAGCCUUAUUCAAAAUAAAUUACACAGUACAAAAUAAUGGCUUGGUAUUUUACAAAAGCAGUACAUAUUUUAAGUGAUAGUAUCACAAAAGAAGCAUCAUUUUAGAGUUGAAAGCAUUGUCCAGCUUUACCAAUUUAGACAUGAGGAAACCAAGACCCACAGAGAGAGAUUUGCUGUGUGCUCCCCAGCCAGUGGGGGCCCAAACGGGGUCUGCCCAGGAGCCGCCGCCUCCACUCCAGCCCGUUCUAUCUGCCAUGCCCUGCUGCCUGGGUUUUUGGAAUCUUCAUGAGCAAUGAGGCUGCUUUUAGUGUCCAAUCAAAAACUUCUCUGAAGUUCCCGGCAUGUAAUAAACUAAAAAUAUGUGAAAUUAGCCCCCAUGGGUCACACAUAGUAAACAAUGUCAGGACUGUGUUAAUACUUUUCAGGAUAAGGCUCCAAAUCACUCCAUGAGCCAUGCGGUGGAAAAAACAGUGGGCUUCUGACUCAAAUAGAUCUGGAUUGGAAUCUCAACUCUUUCCAGUAACUCAGCUUUUCCAAAUUGUUUUCCAGACUGUGGAACUGGGUUAAUGCCUCUCUCCUGGGGUUGGUAUGAGAUUUAAUGAACUGAUCAUUUCUCUACUAUCUAUCGCAUCAACUCUAGCUUUUGAGGCCUUAUGGGAGCUGUCCUCAUUCAGCAGGUCUGGUUCCUUCAGUCCACCUAUUCCUCAUUAAUUGUGUGAAUUCUGUCAGGCCUUUUUCCUUACGCCAUGUUCCCAGCCAGCAGAGCUACGGCCUCUAGGAGCCUGUAGGGGCAAAAAGAGACACUCUGGGAAGUUGCCUCCCUGAUGUGAGUAUGUUGCUUGGAGGGAGGAAGGUGCCUUUGUAUGAAGCCCUUCCUCUAUAUGUGGCUUGGUGAAUGGAGCAGCCUAGAUUUCAUCACCACUCCUCCAUCUUGCCUAGGUGCCUUUGCACAGUGCACAAAAUAUGCAACCAUACGUAACUGCCCCAAGCAGUGCCAUCCACUUUAUCUCCACUCAAGUAGAUCCUUCCCCUGUUUUAUAUGCAAGUCGACCCAUUCAGUAUGUUUAUGCCUUUAAGCUUUCUGUCAUCUUAUGUUUAACUGUCUAUAGUUUUUCCUAUUAAUCUACUUAAUUACAUUUCUAAAGGGCAGGGGUAAAUGCUUUUUCUCCUUUUGAGCUCUUCCUAGCAGACAACUAGAUACAGCAUAAUAAUUAUCCAAAUUUAUUCUUUGAUAAACUUCCAACUUUCAAAGAAUAGUCACACAUCAACACAACCAAUGCAUCCAGCAAUCCUGUGAAAUAAGGAUUCUCCUCAUUUAUGGAGGGAAGCUAAGAUUUGGAAAAGGUAGGGCACAGAGUAAGCCCUCUGAACUUUGUUGAUCGUUUGCUGUUCUAUUUUGUUACUAAAAAGUCUUAAAAAUAUUUAAAGCCAAACGACAAGUUUUCUUGAAUCAUUGUGUUCUCUUUACCCAAUUAAUACUUAGGUAGGUAAAGUAGAUUUUUGUAGGCAAACCAAGGUAAAAAUAAGUCUAUUUAACACAGGGUGCCUUUGAAUGAAACCCAUUAUAAGUGUAUUUACAUAUUUCAGAUUUCAUGGAUAUAUUCAGAAAUAUUAAUGUAGUAUAAUUGAAGUCUAAUAUUGCACCCUCAAGCCCAUAGUGGAAAAUAAAUGACUCUUUCUCCCCCUUGCCCUUCUACACCUGUCAAAGUUAAUUUUUAACCACUGGUACAUUGCAAAACAUUCAUCCUGAAGAGCCUGAUUCAUAAAUCUUGUUUUAAAUGCUCUGGGCUUGGUUCUCAACCCAGACUAAAGGCAAGCACUAAGGUAGAGGGAAAUGACAUUCAAAGAGUUUUACUUUUCACUGAUUUAAUUUUUAUUGGGUUUAAAAUGUGGUCUGACAUUACAGGGUUGCUUCAAAGGGGAGAAAUGCAACUUUGAAAAAUUACAUGUUUUUAGAUGUGUAGAACUAAACAGGCAAGCCACACUAGGUUUUGUCAAACAAUAGUUUUAUUUGUGCCUUGAAAGAGAGACACAGGUAUUUUGGUAUGUAUGUGUUUAGGAGGGGUAUAUAGUCAGUUUUACUUUUGUUUUCACAGUGCAGACUUCUCUUUAUCUCAAGGGACAGGAUCUGAGGGAGAAUUGCAGAGGGGGAGUUCUUUAUUCUGCUAAGCAGUGGGGAUGCCUUUUCAGAAAUCUAGUAGAAUGUGUCAGAUUUUAUACAUAUGUAAACCUGGGCUUAUUUAUAUACUUAAAUGGAUGUUUUCCUUAGCACAACAUCAAUUAAGACCAGUGGAUAUGGAGCAAAUAAUUUGAAUUACCCUAAAAGGCCCUCUGUUCUACACUGUCUUAAAGUUAUGAAGGGAGGUAUUCAUUUUACCCUUAGAUGAAGAUUUUGGUUAAUUUUUGUUGUCUAUUCUUUUUUUCAUGGUCUUUGUUCAUAAAUGAUGUCCCACAAAAAGAAGCGUUCUAGGUUGAAAGCUGCUUGUGCAACAUUUGCCACUUGAUGGUGAUUUGCACGUAUGAAAUAUUCAGUUUGUAACUUUUGAACAAUUUAAGGAUCAAGAGACAUUUUCCUGACUAUAUCUGCUGAGAUGUGAAAUAAUGGCCUCUGAAAUGAGUUUUCUGAAACUUGGAGGAAAGGGAAAAUGAUCCAUAUUGUUUUAAAGUAUCCAGAAGGUAAAGUUAGUUUUCCACUGUGUCUAGGCCUUUGAGGUCCCAGAGAAAUGCUGACAUUAAAAUACAAGUUUUCCUCAAAGACUAUCAGCUUCGUGAAAAGUGUACUUUUUGCUGAUUAUUUGUUAGUGAGUCAUAUAGAUCAAGUGACAGUAAUACAACUAGGUGCAUUAGUUUGUGUCAAAUUUGGACAUACAAAAUAUACAGAAAGUUGAUGGUUUUCUCCCAAAGCAGGAGUUACCGAUUCAUUUCUACCAGCAGAGGGCUCCCUUUUUUAAGCUAAUAAAGAACAUGUGUCUUGCAGAUCACUUUUUAAACACUAAAAUUCAACGGGAAAAAGAUUCAGCUCACACUUUCAUAAUAUAAUAGGACUUCUCUGGUAGAUGAUUGUACAUAUUGUGAGAAAUUUGUUUAAGGCAAAGUUUUUCCAACCUAUUUCAAGACUUACUCUCUAUGUGUUGAGAGAGUACUGCUUUCCAGUGGCUCAUUUUCUUCUGAAACAGAAAAUAUACUGUUGGACUUAACAGAGCAUUUUAAUCUUAGAAGGUUUUGACAUGAAACAUCAUGUGAAUCCAGACAGGUAUGCUUAGGAGACUGAUGUUUCCAAUGUUUCUAGCUUUAGAAAGGCUAUUUUUAAAAGUAGGGCAAGAUUAUGCAGCUCAGGAUGCAAGGGUAUUCUCUGAACUAACCAUAUGUCCCUGUGAUCAGAUGGCAGAUUCACUUAUAGACUGUUAUUUCCAUUGGGAAAGUUUUUCAAUAUUUUAUCAGUUGCACGAAAGGAAAGUUUGUAAAAUCACUUUCAUCGUGGAUUUAACAGCACUUUCCAGAUAUUUCAAGUAACCUUGAAGCUGGUUCCUACUGUUGGCCUGUGUGGACUUUAUGUGACCACUGGAUCACUUUCCUUUGCAGAGUAUGAGGGUAUUAUUGAAAGAACCUAUGUCUUCAAAGGGAAUGAAAUGUUUUGUUUUAAUUCAAGCAAGCUAAAAGUAGAAAACAGAAAGAGUUAGAGUUUUGUUGGGGGUGUGAAAUUUUUUGCAUGUGGCUUAAAAGAUUAACUUCAGUUUUGUCCAUUUUUUUUUACUUUCUCUAGCAAAGAGAAGUGAGGAGCAGGGACAGUGGGUAGAAAAGGGCAUUUGAAACCAUCAGAAGAUGGGGUUCUAGUCUUAGGGCUAUAAUCUUCUGCAAACCACUUCACCUCCCUGGGUCAGAUUUUGUUUUCCCCCCCUAUGGCAUGAAGGAAUUGAUUGAUCUCUAAAUUACUUUCUGGUGUAAAGUUUGGUGAUUUCCCUGGAUAACCUUAAAGCUAUCUAUGCUGAUGCAACUGAAAAUUUUCUUAGAUCAAAUUUUAAUUAUUUAAAUAGUAGUCAAUAAUCCCAAGUCUUGUCUAUCGCCCACUUUCUCAAAUAAAGGGCAAACAUCCACUAGAAAGGUGUGCCCUUCUCUGCCCUUCUAUCCUUUACUCCAUUAGCUGGCACAUAAACCUAAUGCAGCGACACCUUUUAAUUAGCAGGUCAUAUGGCCAUUUAAAUGCGAGUUGCAAUCGACCUCAUAAAAAUAGCCGUAGUGGUGUUUUUUUUUUUUUUCUGAAUCGUCACAUGAACAUGGAGUAUAGUAUGCAUGUGGUGUGGGGUUUAAUAUUCGUCCGAGGAUGCCCUCCUACUACUUACUAUUGAACACUUUUGUAAUCUGCUCCCUGCCCGAGUUGCUCACAAGGGCUUUCCUGUUACACCUGCGGGGCUGUCUGUGCUGUUGUGUGGGAGGAGGUGCAAGAGGUAGACACGAGCGAGGCACUGUGUUCUGGGUUGUUCCGAGAGGUUCAGGCCUUUACAAGUGAGGCUUUGAUUCUAUUUUUUGCUGAACUAGCUCAGCCACUUCCUGUGUUUGGCGGUGCAUAGUGCCUCGCUUCACUGUCGGCUACUUGAGCCUCGCGAGCCAGCCAGCGCGCUCAGCAGCCAGUGAGACUAUUUUAGGUCCUCUCACAAUGGCCUUCUCAUUUCCUAGGCGAAAAUGAUCAAGUUGGUCUUGCAUUGGCCACUUGUCAGCCGAUGACAACUUUGACUUGGGCUCCCCUCCCCCUCCCGAAAUCCCUAGCUCAGCAAAUAUUUGAACCUGCCCAAGUUAAUCAUGAAGCUGCGAUCUUUAUCUAAGGGAGACGUGCGAGCGCCUGGGCUCCUUUCCUCCCCAGUACAGUAGCGAAAUCCAGUUGGCUUCUCAAUGAGGAGCCGGCGGUGAGCGGCGGUGGCCCGGACGCACUGCCGGGCGGGGCGUGGGGCGGAGGGACGAGCCGAGCCCAGGGGAGCUGUUCACUGUGCGUGCCCGGAGGGUCCUGGCGGCGCCCCCGCUCCUGCGCGCACUCUCGGCACCGGGCACGAGCACUGCCCGCUGGGAACAGGCUGGGGGGAGGUGCGGGGGCUUGGCCCACUUGGUGGAAGAACAGCUUUGGGGAUUUUUUUUUUUUCAUUGUCGGAUACAGGCAUUUCAAAGGGAAACCGUUGAAAUGCAUAACCUGCAAACACUGCCUCCUAAACCACCAAAACCCACUACUGUAGCCAACAACGGUAUGAAUAACAAUAUGUCCUUACAAGAUGCUGAAUGGUACUGGGGAGAUAUCUCGAGGGAAGAAGUGAAUGAAAAACUUCGAGAUACAGCAGAUGGGACCUUUUUGGUACGAGAUGCGUCUACUAAAAUGCAUGGUGAUUAUACUCUUACACUAAGGAAAGGGGGAAAUAACAAAUUAAUCAAAAUAUUUCAUCGAGAUGGGAAAUAUGGCUUCUCUGACCCAUUAACCUUCAAUUCUGUGGUUGAAUUAAUAAACCACUACCGGAAUGAAUCUCUAGCUCAGUAUAAUCCCAAGCUGGAUGUGAAAUUACUUUAUCCAGUAUCCAAAUACCAACAGGAUCAAGUUGUCAAAGAAGAUAAUAUUGAAGCUGUAGGGAAAAAAUUACAUGAAUAUAACACUCAGUUUCAAGAAAAAAGUAGAGAAUAUGAUAGAUUAUAUGAAGAAUAUACCCGUACAUCCCAGGAAAUCCAAAUGAAAAGGACAGCUAUUGAAGCAUUUAAUGAAACCAUAAAAAUAUUUGAAGAACAGUGCCAGACCCAGGAGCGCUACAGCAAAGAAUACAUAGAAAAGUUUAAACGUGAGGGCAAUGAGAAAGAAAUACAAAGGAUUAUGCAUAAUUAUGAUAAGUUGAAGUCUCGAAUCAGUGAAAUUAUUGACAGUAGAAGAAGAUUGGAAGAAGACUUGAAGAAGCAGGCAGCUGAGUAUCGAGAAAUUGACAAACGUAUGAACAGCAUUAAACCAGACCUUAUCCAGCUGAGAAAGACGAGAGACCAAUACUUGAUGUGGUUGACUCAAAAAGGUGUUCGGCAAAAGAAGUUGAACGAGUGGUUGGGCAAUGAAAACACUGAAGACCAAUAUUCGCUGGUGGAAGAUGAUGAAGAUUUACCCCAUCAUGAUGAGAAGACGUGGAAUGUUGGAAGCAGCAACCGAAACAAAGCUGAAAACCUGUUGCGAGGGAAGCGAGAUGGCACUUUUCUUGUCCGGGAGAGCAGUAAACAGGGCUGCUACGCCUGCUCUGUAGUGGUGGACGGCGAAGUAAAGCAUUGUGUCAUAAACAAAACAGCGACUGGCUAUGGCUUUGCCGAGCCCUAUAACUUGUACAGCUCUCUGAAAGAACUGGUGCUACAUUACCAACACACCUCCCUCGUGCAGCACAACGACUCCCUCAAUGUCACACUAGCCUACCCAGUAUAUGCACAGCAGAGGCGAUGAAGCGCUUACUCUCUGAUCCUUCUCCUGAAGUUCAGCCACCCUGAGGCCUCUGGAAAGCAAAGGGCUCCUCUCCAGUCUGAUCUGUGAAUUGAGCUGCAGAAACGAAGCCAUCUGUCUUCGGAUGGGACUAGAGCUUUCUUUCACAAAAAAAGAAGUAGGGGAAGAUAUGCAGCCUAGGGCUGUAUGAUGACCACACGUUUCUAAGCUGGAGUGCUUAUCCUUUCUUUUUCUUUUUUUCUUUGGUUUAAUUUAAAGCCACAACCACAUACAACACAAAGAGAAAAAGAAAUGCAAAAAUCUCUGCGUGCAGGGACAAAGAGGCCUUUAACCAUGGUGCUUGUUAAUGCUUUCUGAAGCUUUACCAGCUGAAAGUUGGGACUGUGGAGAGCGGAGGAGAGAGAGGCAGAAGAACCCUGGCCUGAGAAGGUUCGGUCCAGCCUGGUUUAGCCUGGAUGUUGCUGUGCACGGUGGACCCAGACACAUCGCACUGUGGAUUAUUUCAUUUUCUAACAAAUGAACGAUAUGUAGCAGAAAGGCACUUCCUCUCACAAGGGACGCUUUGGGAGAAUGUCAGUUCAUGUAUGUUCAGAAGAAAUUCUGUCAUAGAAAGUGCCAGAAAGUGUUUAAACUUGUCAAAAAACAAAAACCCAGCAACAGAAAAAUGGAGUUUGGAAAACAGGACUUAAAAUGACAUUCAGUAUAUAAAAUAUGUACAUAAUAUUGGAUGACUAACUAUCAAAUAGAUGGAUUUGUAUCAAUACCAAAUAGCUUCUGUUUUGUUUUGCUGAAGGCUAAAUUCACAGCGCUAUGCAAUUCUUAAUUUUCAUUAAGUUGUUAUUUCAGUUUUAAAUGUACCUUCAGAAUAAGCUUCCCCACCCCAGUUUUUGUUGCUUGAAAAUAUUGUUGUCCCGGAUUUUUGUUAAUAUUCAUUUUUGUUACCCUUUUUUAAAAGAAAUGUACAGGAUGCCAGUAAAAAAAAAAAAAUGGCUUCAGAAUUAAAACUAUGAAAUAUUUUACAGUUUUUCUUGUACAGAGUACUUGGCUGUUAGCCCAAGGUUAAAAAGUUCAUAACAGAUUUUUUUGGACUGUUUUGUUGGGCAGUGCCUGAUAAGCUUCAAAGCUGCUUUAUUCAAUAAAAAAAAGAAAAAGAUAUAUGAAUAUGACAAAGUAUUGCUGAGUCCAACAAUGUUGUUUUAAGACUCUUAAAAUACGGUACCUGGCAAUGUUUAUUUCAUAAAGAAUUGUGAACUUCUUGAAUCUAGGGAGGGGGGAAUGUAGUGAAGGGAUGUAUCAGGUCGGGUGGUGGGAGGGGGAGGCAAGGUUAUAUGCACUUUGUCUUUCUCAUGAUUUACAGAGAAGUGAAUAACUGCAAAGUGAAGUUGCUUCUUCUACUUCAGUCUUUUCUCACUUUGAUUUGCUAGUUAUCAAUUAAUGACAAUUACAAACCUACUGUAACUAACACAGUGUGACCGGUCAGGUAUUUCAGUUCUUAGGAAGGAAGUGCCAAGUUUGUUUUUGGGUUCCUGGAACAGUGCUCACCUUUGUUUAGAACACUGGUUUAAAGGGAUGAUCUCUGUCACAUUGGACUAUCCAUCACGACCAGCAAAUACUCACUCAUUUUAGGAAAAAAACGCAUGAUCUGAAAAAAUACUUUUGGUGGGAUGUUGGUUACUCCUAGCUUUCCAUUUGGUUUAGAACGUAAAGCAAAUGGACACAAUCGUACUGUCACUGCUCUGGACUGUGUGGAGCUCGCUAAGGUCAUGGCCAUUGCAGGAAUCCAAGUGGCAGUCCUUCUCAUUCAUCCUAAUCAUUGUAUGUGCUUCACUACGGGGGGGAAAAGGAAGCAUAGUUAGCAUAAUGUUUCCCGUUUAGGGCAGGAGUGAGAGAUCUCUCUUCCUGAUUUAGAUAUGCAAAAGCUGGUAUGUUCAGUAGGAACUGUACAUGUGUUAGGAGGAAUAAAGACUAAUUAGCAACCAUAAUAUGGUCACUACCCUAAUAGACUUAAAUGAAAUCUUGCAAUUUCAAAUUUCCCUUUCUCCAUAUUAGAUUUACCCACAGCUAUAUUUCUGUUGAAGUACUAGGGUGAGGGUUUUCUGUUCCUUUGUUUUUUAACGUUGUUCCUUUUGAAAGAAUCGGUCUUGCAGCUGAGUGAAUCAUCUGUAGAAUGUAUUUUUCCUCUUUACAUGAAGCUACUCAUACUGAAGCAAAAGUCAGUCUUACAGCAAGACUGUUAGCCCUCAAACCUGACUUCACUGAUCUGACCAUCUCCCUCUCAUCGCCAGACAACUGAUGAUUUCCCUGGUUUAGUCUGUGUCUCUGCUUUAAAGUUAUUGUGAUAUCCUUCUAGAUCACACACAAGUCUAAUAGUUAAUUGGUUCAUAGUUUUUAAACUAGGUUUGUGGGUUUUCUUUGAUAGCACAUGUAUGCUAUUACGUACAAAUUUUUAUUUCUAAAAUAUAAGAUCUGAGAUUGAAUAUUUUUAUUAAAAGCUACAGUUUUGUGAAUUUUGGCUUCAACAGUCUUUGCAAGAUGACAUGGUAUUUAGGCAGUUGCCUUAUUUUUGCAUCUCACAAACAUAAGUGCAAUAGAUCUUUUCACUGAACAGCAAAGUAGGAUUCAUCAUUCCAUAUGACUGAGUUACACCAGACCUAUUUUGCCCGAUGCCUUUUUGAUUGCGGUGUAGCUUGCUCACCACAUUUGUCUUUUUAGAUAUUUUGCUAGCCGGGCACUUUGAGUUUCAUCAGACAGUCCUCCUAACAAUAGUCUGAACGGCUGAGUAUGACUAGAUACAGCAGAGGCACUCCUGAUAUGUGAUUUUAUCCAUGCAUCAGUUUUUCCCACCCAGUGUAGCAUCCUAAAGAUAAAGCCAGAAGCUAAGCUGCAGUGAGGCUGUGAUAGAGCAUAGAAGUGGGAGCACUGGGACCUCACGUUACACGAGAGAUCAUAACCACGUGAAAAAGCAAAAAGCAUGUGUUUGCAACAUCUGAUAACUUCACGGCCUUUUGAUAUAUGUAUAUAUGUAUAUGUGCAUGGACUGUGUUUCCGGUACACCUUUCAGCCAAAACAGAUCCACAGUAGUUGAGUUCAAGUACAUAACAAGCAAACGUCUAGUACAAUUCUUAUAUAUGUGUAUGGGAUUUUUCCCAUUGAGGUUGCUUUGUUUUGUCUUACAAAGGUGAAAAUUGUUUGCAAGUGAAGUGAGAAGUUCAUAUUUCUUUGGCUUUUUUGUGUUUUUAAAAGUUACUCCUUUUAGGGAGCUGGUCAGAUGACUUGCUUAGCUUGGAAAUCCUUGUUUUCAGUGUGUCGAGUCAAAAUGUGUUUAUGUGAGCUGUCACUGUGGGAAACCAAUUGCUUUGUCAUGUAGCUGGUUAUGAACUAGUAACAUGUUUGGGAAGUCCUACUGAUGUUCCUUUGGAAGAAAAAUUCUGCUGGUUUUAACAACUGUGCUUUUGCUAUGCAUGGUAUCCAAGUUAGUUGAAUCGCAGACCCUGAGAUCUGUUUGAGUUUAGGGUCAUUUUUAGAAAGGGGCAGUUUAAAGCACAAUGUCUCACAUGGGACAAAGUUCCAAAAUGCCAAAUUCUUAUUUUUUAAAAAACUAGUUCUAGAAAAUACUGGUGGGGAAGAAAUAGAAUUGAGUCAAUUGGAAAGACUAUCCAACUUAACAUGAAACUUGUCACCAUGAGAUAGCAUUAACUGCCCAGGAUGCUGCUAAUAUAUAUAUAUAUAAAUAUAUAUAUAUAUAUAUUUAAAAAAAAAGCAAAACAAAAAAAAAACUCAUUUAUACCUGUGUAUUUUUUAAAGCUACAAUCAGUUCAAUGUUUUUACAAAUCUGUUUAUAUGACAUUGUUAAAAUAAAGUUGGUCUUUUGACGAGAGGGAGGAUGUCACGGUCAGUUGUAAUUUUGCCUUCACAAGGCAACUGGGGUGGGGGGUGGGGGUAGUGUGCCUCCUUGACAUUUCGUUCAAGUUAUAGAUUCAGUGGAGCUAUGUCUUGUUUUAAGUUGCUUUAAUGCAUUGUAUUAGAUCUUCAAACAGAAUAAAGGUUGUUUUGAAACUUAA